GUGUGUAUGUUGCCGCAUCUAUCACAGAACUGUUAGCUAAAGCUACAAUCUGACCUCUAUUAUAAAUAUUUAAAAGUAUAGUUAUUAAAAUUUACGUUGAAAAAGCUGCCUUACGUUUUUAGGAGAUUGCAUGUUUCGUCAACGGAUGACUGAAGUUAGUUUUAUCUGAAUAUUGUGUUUACCUCCGCGUUAGCUUCCGUGGUUCAGCUGAUGAGCCAGUUUGCAUCUUUGAGCUGCGCGAGUUUGUCGGGAUGGUUUAGUGUCAGAUGUUUAACAUCCGACCACUGUUGAGUGCCUUAGUUAACCGGAGACUGACGUUAGAGAGAAUCGGUGGCUUUUAUGAGUGCUUCCGCAUGAUGAGUGAAGGAUCCAGAGAUGAGCAGACAGCCAAGCUGCUGAAAAGAGCCAAUGAGGAAAAUGAAGACUCUGCUGAGAGGGUUCAGGGAACAAAAAGAAUAAAAGCAGAGGGGGAAAACACUGAUGAUGAAAAAAAAUAUCCCAAAAAGAAAGUGGCCCUCCUCAUGGCAUACUCUGGAAAGGGAUACUAUGGAAUGCAGAGAAAUCCUGGAAACUCUCAGUUUAGGACCAUUGAAGAUGAUCUUGUCACUGCACUUAUUAAAUCUGGUUGCAUUCCUGAAAACCAUGGCGAUGAAAUGAAGAAGAUGUCUUUCCAAAGAUGUGCUAGAACAGAUAAGGGUGUGUCUGCGGCUGGCCAAGUGGUGUCUCUAAAGGUGCGGUUGAUAGACGACAUCACUGAAAAAAUCAAUGAGCAUCUGCCAGCUCAGAUCAGAGUGCUAGGUCUUAAACGGGUCACCCAGGGUUUCAAUUCCAAAAACAAUUGUGAUGGUCGCACAUAUUCCUAUAUGCUUCCAACAGUGGCCUUCUCCCCAAAAGACUAUGAUCCUGGGAAUAUAGCAGCCUUUCGCCUUGAGCCAGAGACACUUCAGAGGGUCAACCGUCUGUUUGCUCUCUACAAAGGCACCCAUAACUUCCAUAACUUCACCUCUCAGAAGGCUCCAAAUGACCCCAGUGCCCGUCGCUACAUCACAGAGAUGUCUUGCGGAGAGCCUUUCAUCUGCAGCAAUACUGAGUUUGCGGUGAUCAUUGUGCGAGGCCAGAGCUUUAUGCUGCACCAAAUCCGCAAGAUGAUCGGCCUGGUGAUUGCGGUGAUUAAAGGUUACGCAAAGGAGGAAGUGAUGGAGCGCAGCUGGGGACAGGAGAAGGUGGAUGUGCCCAAAGCUCCAGGACUGGGGCUGGUCCUGGAAAGGGUUCAUUUUGACCGGUACAACAAACGAUUCGGAGGGGACGGGCUGCAUGAGAGGCUGGAAUGGGACCGUGAGGAGGAGGUGAUCAAGGCCUUCAAGGAGGAUCACAUCUACCCCACCAUUGUUGAGACAGAGUGUCAGGAGGGCUCCAUGGUCAGCUGGAUGUCCACACUUCCUAUCCAUGACUUUGAAGCCACAGCUACUGACCCACAAGACAGCAAGGACCAGAAACAGGACAAUGCAGAUGCAGGAAAUGACUCCGAUUAGGUCACCCUGCCUGCUGAAAGAAGAGACAUUUUCUCCACAAUACAUUCUCUCUGUUUUGUUGGGAUUGGCUUUGUUUUUAGUGUGUCUUCCAAGAUUGACUUUUUUUUUAGGGGAUUAAAUUCUGUUUCUCUCAUACAAAUAUUAUUAAACAAA